UUUUUCCUUCUUUCCCUUUUACAAUUCAAGUUAGUAUAGGGGAAAUUUAGUGUAUCGAGUUGUCUUUAAUUAAAAUUUUUGUGUAUAUGAAGUUAGAAUUUUUUUAAUGAGUUAAAUUUUUUUAGGUUAUUGUGGUGUUUAGACUAGCAUACGUGCACACAUAUUAUUAUUUCAUCGAUUAUAUAUCUGCUAAUUCCUACCAACAUAAAUAUGAAGGAGAGUGGUGGUAGAAAACAAAUUACUACUUCUCCAUGUGCAGCUUGUAAGUUGUUAAGGAGAAGAUGUACACAAGAUUGUGUUUUUGCACCUUAUUUUCCAGGUGAUGAACCACACAAGUUUGCAAGUGUUCAUAAAGUAUUUGGAGCUAGCAAUGUCAACAAGAUGCUUCAGGAAUUGCCAGAAGAUCAACGAAGAGAUGCAGUGAGUUCAAUGGUGUAUGAGGCAAAUGCAAGAAUGAAAGAUCCAAUUUAUGGUUGUGUUGGAACUAUUUCGUCUUUGCAAUACCAAAUUGAAUUUCUACAAACACAAUUAGCAAUUGCACAAGCUGAGCUACUCCACAUGAAGAUGCAACAAUUCUCAUCCAUGUCCGGUGGCGGCGCCACCACCGCGAUCUCACCGGAAAACGUGUCGUCACUGGAAUCUCUACACUUGAUGUUGUCAGAGGCAUAUUCAGGAUUUAAUGUUUAUGACAUCCUACAACAACCUCAAAUUAAUAUAUUAUAGUUCACAAUCAUAUUUUUUUCUUAAUACAUGUAUAAGGCUUGAGUAUAAACUAUUAAGUUCACGUGAAUCCGUAAUUUUUAAGUUAGAUCGACCUCUGCCAUUUCACUUUUUACAAUGAGAUGGUGGUAGAACAAGCCAAUAUGGAGGUGCCAUUAUAUUGUGGUCGUAUUAAUUAGAGUCAGAUUCAAGAUUUUUAGUUUGAUCCAUUAGCAAGGAUUAGUACACCUAUUACCUUUUUUUUUCUUGUAACAUGAGAUGAACUAAACUUUGUAAAAAUAUAUAUACUUUUAAGAUUGUUCUGAUUAAAUAUAUAUAUAUGGAGAUAUAA